AUGGCUGUCCCUUCAGGGGUUCCGACGUCGCCGCUCUUCGAGGUCCGCCAUACGCCGCAUGCCGGCCGUGCCGUCUUCGCUACCGCUGAUAUCCCCGCCGACACGCUCGUCUGGCGCUCCGACGAUCUCACGCUAUCCGUCCUGCUCCGCGAAUACCGGCGUGAAGUGUGUGGGGAGUGCUUCAGCUACGAUUAUGGGCGAGACCUGAGGAUACGGGAUCAGACUGUGGGCUUCGCCUUCUGUUCUGAGGAAUGCAGGGACAAGUGGAGGCAAGAGAACGGAGAGAUUGGCGUGCAGGCUUGGGCUGCGGUGGAGAAGCUCGUCAAAGGGAGGAAUAAAGAGGAUGCUGAGAUGGUGGAUGUGGGUCUGCCGCGGCCGAAGCUGAAGGAGAUAACACAGGCAUGGAAGAGUGUUGCCGAGCAGGCGGCGCUGAUACGGAUUGCGCGACAAGGAGAGCGCGAUACGAAGGCCGUGAAUGGGGUUGAAGAAGUCAAAGACGGAGUACAGGUCACUAAGCAGCAUCGCAAAGCACUGCACAAGGCCCUGUUGCAGCCUAUCGCGCCCGACGUCGUGACCUUCUGCGUCAGUGGUAUAGUGUGGAAGUACAACAACCUGCAAGACUGGGACAAGGUGCUUGGCCUUGCCAUCGAUGCGACACCGUAUCACAACUCGGACGACCUCCGCGCCUUCACGCGCACGUACUUGCAUCUUCUUGCCGUCCUUCCCUUGCCACUUCUGCCUCUCGUAACCCCCGAAACGCUCUUCCUCCUCUCGACACGCGACUCUCACAAUUCCUUCGGCAUCCGCUCGCUCGAAGACGAUGGCUCGGAGUUCUUCGGGUACGGAUGCUGGCCCGCUGCAUCCUACUUCAAUCAUUCAUGCGGCCCGAAUAUCGAGAAGACAAGGGUGGGAAGAGCGUGGCAUUUCAGGGCUGGGCGGGAUAUUGAAAAGGGAGAAGAGCUGUGCAUUACGUAUUUGAGUGGCGACGAAAGGAAGCUGUCAAGAGGAAAGAGGAUGUUGUUGCUGAAGAGGCAGUGGGGUUUCCGAUGUGGCUGCGAGAGGUGCGAGGAACUGUAG